AUGGCUCAGGUUCAACUUCAGGGUCAGUCUGCGAAUGGCUCGAGUGCCGCUGUCACCUCUGCGCCGGCGCCGGCUACGGGAGCGACGGCGGCCCAGUUCGGCACGACGUCGCUUUACGUUGGGGAUCUGGAUUUCAAUGUGACGGAUUCGCAGAUUUUCGAUGCGUUUAGCCAAAUGGGUCAAGUGGUCUCGGUUCGAGUUUGCAGAGAUGUAGACACCCGCAGAUCGCUCGGCUAUGGAUACGUUAACUUCGCCAAUCCCCAAGAUGCUGCAAGAGCAAUUCAGGAACUGAAUUACAUACCUCUUUAUGGAAAAUCUAUAAGGGUUAUGUACUCUCAUCGUGAUCCUAGUGUUCGCCGAAGCGGUGCUGGGAACAUCUUCAUCAAGAAUUUGGACCUGUCCAUCGACCACAAAGCACUACAUGAUACAUUUUCAACGUUUGGGAACAUUGUGUCGUGCAAGGUAGCUGUGGAUUCUGCAGGCCAAUCAAAAGGAUAUGGGUUUGUGCAGUAUGCCAAUGAAGAAUCUGCUCAGAAAGCUAUUGAGAAACUGAAUGGUAUGUUGCUAAACGAUAAGCAAGUGUAUGUGGGUCCUUUUCUGAGGAGACAAGAAAGAGACACGACUGCCAACACAACGAAAUUCACCAAUGUGUACGUGAAGAAUCUUGCGGAAAGUACCACUGACGAUGACUUGAAGAACACUUUUGGCGAGUAUGGAAAGAUAACAAGUGCUGUGGUGAUGAAAGAUGGAGAAGGAAAGUCCAAGGGCUUUGGGUUUGUUAACUUUGAGAACGCUGAUGAUGCUGCUAAGGCUGUCGAGUCUCUCAACGGUCACAAAUUUGAUGAUAAGGAGUGGUAUGUUGGUAGAGCCCAGAAGAAGUCCGAGAGGGAAACAGAACUAAGGGUCCGUUAUGAACAGAAUUUGAAGGAAGCUGCAGACAAGUUUCAAAGUUCAAACUUGUAUGUGAAGAAUUUGGAUCCUAGCAUUUCUGACGAGAAACUUAAAGAGAUAUUUUCUCCUUUUGGUACCGUUACAUCUUGCAAGGUGAUGCGGGAUCCUACUGGAAUAAGCAAAGGCUCGGGUUUUGUUGCUUUCUCAACUCCCGAAGAAGCAACAGAAGCUAUGUCACAGUUGAGUGGUAAAAUGAUCGAAAGCAAGCCACUCUAUGUUGCUAUUGCUCAGCGGAAGGAAGACAGAAGGGUCCGACUACAGGCCCAGUUUUCCCAAGUGAGGCCAGUUGCAAUGCAGCCUUCUGUUGGUCCUCGCAUGCCAAUUUUUCCUCCGGGUGGUCCUGGUAUUGGGCAACAAAUGUUCUAUGGUCAGGCUCCUCCUAACAUGAUUCCUCCCCAGCCCGGGUUUGGCUACCAACAGCAGCUUGUUCCUGGAAUGAGACCUGGUGGGGGCCCUGUACCCAAUUACUUCAUGCCUAUGGUUCAGCAGCAGCAGCAGCGUUCCGGAGGAGGAAGACGCCCUGGGGGGAUCCAACAGUCCCAGCAGCAAGUUCCCAUGAUGCAGCCACAACAGAUGCAUCCAAGGGGUCGGAUGAUGCGGUAUCCCCAAGGGCGUGGUAGUGGUGGUGAUGUUCCUCCAUAUGACAUGGGCAACAACAACAUGCCUAUUGGAGCUUUGGCUUCAAAUCUGGCUCAUGCUUCUCCAGAGCAGCAGAGGACGAUGCUGGGUGAGAGUCUGUACCCGUUGGUGGAGCAGCUUGAAGCAGAGUCUGCAGCUAAAGUGACUGGGAUGCUUUUGGAGAUGGACCAGACCGAAGUUCUCCAUCUCUUGGAAUCACCUGAAGCUCUCAAGGCAAAAGUUGCAGAGGCUAUGGAUGUUCUCAGGAGCGUUGCUGCUGGUGGUGCAGCCGAGCAGCUCGCUUCCUUGAACCUCUCUUAA